GAAAUAUUUGCGAAAGGAAACCACGAGAAAUAAAAGCAGCAUGCACAUCUAAUUAUUGUGUACAAAGUUCAACUCGGCAUUGUUCUCUUUAUUCAGAAAAUGUGCGGAAGGAGAUAUUUGAAAAUUUUUGGCAAAUGUCAUGGGACCAAAAGAAAGUUUAUGUAACUAGCAGUAUUGAAGUUCAUGCUAAAAAGCGGAUUUAUGUGGAAAAUUCCCGACGUUCAUAUUCAAAAUCCUAUUUUUUGCAUCAUAAAAGAGUACGUCAUCAAGUGUGCAGUAAAAUGUUUUUGUCAACCCUUGGUAUUUCGGAAACUAUGGUAAGAAGUUGGUUGAGUUCCAGUGAACUUUAUAGCACUCAAUUGGGUCCUGAAAAUAAAAAAAAUUUGCAAGUGGAAAAUCGAAGAAACACAAUACGGGAAAAAACCUAUCAAGAUAGAUUAAAUUAUUUAAUUAAAUGGUUGGAAGACAUUCCGAAACUAGAAUCCCAUUACCGACGUCAGUAUACAAAUAAAUUGUAUUUUCAAUCAGAAUUUAAAUCGUAUGCAAAUGUGUAUGAAGUUUAUUCUCGAGACUGUAAAUCGCAUAAUGCAAAUGAUAUCGCUCCUAUAUCCUUCCCAAAUUUUAUGAAAUUUUUAAAUACAAAUAAUUUAUCGAUUUUUAAACCAAGAAAUGAUAUGUGUAACACUUGCAUAUCUUUCGAAUCAAAAAAUAUCUCAGUGGAACAAUAUGAUGUCCACAGAAAAGAUAUAAGGGAAAUGAGAGAAGAAAAAAAUAAUGACAUUGAAAGUGCUAAAGCGGGCUUAUGCUCUUUAUUAUGUAUGGACAUGCAAGCGGUAAAGCUUAUUCCGCAGUCAAAGGCAAAUGCAUCUUAUUACAAAAUGAAACUUCAAGUUCAUAAUUUUACUAUAUAUAACGUUAUUACUCAUAAAUCUGACAACUAUGUCUGGGAUGAAACUGAAGGCAGUCUUGUUGCUUCGACUUUCGCAACAAUUGUAAUAAAGCACAUAAAGAAAGAAAUACUUAAUACCCCAAACAUCCAUCACUUUAUUAUAUAUUCUGAUGGUUGCUUUUAUCAAAAUCGGAAUGCAGUAUUAUCCAAUGCCUUAAUAUCGGUUUGUGUAGUAAACCACAUUACCAUUGAGCAUAAGUAUUUAGUCGUAGGGCAUACACAAAUGGAAUGUGACUCUACUCACUCAUUAAUACAACGCAAAAUGAAUAAUAAACAAAUUAAUUUGCCCUCCCAACUAGUUCAACUAAUGAAAGACGCACGAAAAAAUCCAUAUCCACUAGUGGUUCAUCACCUACAACACAGUUAUUUCCUGGAUUAUGAAAAUCUUCCAAAGCGGUAUUCAUCUAUUCGACCAGGUAAUAAAGUUGGAGAUCCUACAGUAAAUAUGAUUCGUGCUUUGGCAUAUGAUACAACGGGAUCCAUAUAUUACAAAACCUGUUUUAAGGACGAGUAUCAGCUUCUUCCAAAAAGGACUACCAGAAAUUUUGAAAUUCAGCAGCCUAAUCUUUUGCACCCACAAAGGUUAACGAUAUCCAAGAAGAAAUGGCAACAUCUGCAGGACCUAAAGGCUUUGAUUCCAGCAGACUGUCAUUACUUUUAUGAUAAUAUACCUUUUGAAUAAUUAAUUGUUUAAUAAACAAUUAUUAAACAUUGUUCUCAUUUUGACUUGAAAUAUUUUAAUUUUUUUUAGUACUUAUGUACAUAUUAAUAAUAAAAAUAACAUGAAAUAU